ACAUGUGGCAAAAGAAAAAUUGUAAGGUUGAGAUUAAAACUUGAAAUUAAGGGGUUUUUAAUUAAAAAAAAAAAAGAAGAAGUGCGUCACAGAAGUGCUUCACUUCCCACCGCGAUUCUGCCAUUGAAACAACACAGAACAAAGAGAUGUCAAGAAAACCAGACAACAUUUUGUUCUUAGAACAAUGGCUUCAAAACAUCACAUCCACCUCAAAAACAACAAUCUCUGCAAAAUCCAUCAUUCAAGCUUGGUCUGAACUCCGAAACUCUCUUCAAUCUUCUUCAUUCAAUCAACACCAUCAUCAACAUCUCAAAACCCUAGUCAAUUCCCAAAUCUCUCUCCAUGUUGCAGACCCACAAGCAAAACUUCUUUUUUCCAUUCUCACUUCAUCAAAUUUCUCUCUUUCUCAUGAUUCCAUUGCCCUUUGUUUCAGACUUCUUUACAUAUGGAUAAGAAAAUCAACAAAACCCAAUUUCCCUAUUCUUGAUUCGGUUGUAGGGUUUCUUUCAAAAUUUGAUUUUGGAAAUGGAAAUAAUCAUGUUUUGUUUUCUGAAGCUAUUUUACUUCUGGGUGCUUUUUCUUUUGUGCAUUCUUUAUCUGAAAAGACUAAAAAUUCGUGCUUGGAUAUUUUUUGUAGAUUGUUGGUAGAUAAGUGUAGGUUGGUUUGUUUGUUUGAUGAAUUAUUGCCUAAUGUUCUUGCUGGAAUUGGGUAUGCUUUGUCAUCUUCUGUAAAUGUUCAUUUUGUAAGAAUAUUGGAUUGUUUGUUUGGAAUUUGGGGAAAAGACAAUGAUGGGCCUCAAGGUAGUAUUGUUCAUGGACUCAUGGUUAUUUAUUUGUUUGAUUGGGUUGCGUCGAAUUUGAUUAAUUUCGGGUUUUUGGAUAAAGUUAAUGUUUUUGUUAGAGAAGUUUUCGAGAAUUUUAAGGAAAACUAUGCAUCGUUCGCUGUUUUUAUGUCUGGGAUUGGAGUACUAAGAGUUACAGAUAGAUAUGGUUCUUUGACUGGUAUGAUAUUGGAUGUUGUUACUAAAAUGAGGACUUCUGCGAUUGUUAGGGUGGAAGCUUUAGUCAGUGAUUUGGUUUCUAGGAAAUUAAGAUUUAGUAGUAACUCAGGAAAUGAUAUUCAAAAUAGGCUUUUACUUCAGUGUGUUUCGCUAGGAUUGACGCGAACUGUUUCAUUUUCAAACCAUUCCUCUUUGUUUGUAUGCCUUGCUUUGUCAUUGUUAACUGAGAUACUUCCUUUGCCCCGUCUUUAUGGAUCGGUGUUUGAAUUGUUCCCAAGUUCUGGUGGACUAAAGGUUAAUGAGAUCAAAGAACAUCUAGAUGGUAUCCUAUUCAAGGAAGCAGGAGCUGUAACGGGAGUUUUCUGUAAUCAAUAUGUUUUAGCAGACGAAGAAAAUAAGAAUAUAGUGGAAAAUCUUAUAUGGGAAUACUGUCACGAUAUUUACUUUGGACACAGGAAAGUGGCUAUGCAUCUUAAAGGCAGUGAUGAUGAAUUGCUUAAGGAUUUUGAAAAAAUCACCGAAUCUGCUUUCCUUAUGGUUGUAGUCUUUGCACUAGUUGUAACAAAGCACAAAUUGAGCUCUAAAUUUUCUCAAGAAGUACAAACCGAAGUCUCAAAGAAGAUACUAGUAUCGUUUUCUUGCAUAGAAUAUUUUCGCCAUGUACGCUUGCCAGAGUAUAUGGAAGCCAUUCGCAAGGUAAUUGCGAGUGUUAACCAGAAUGAGAAUGCUUGUACAUGUUUUGUGAACUCCAUGCCUUCUUAUGAUGACUUGACAAAUGGGCCAGAUCAGAAAACCAAAUACUUAUGGUCCAAGGAUGAAGUGCAAACGGCUCGUGUUUUGUUUUACCUGCGAGUCAUUCCAACCUUGAUUGAGUUUUUGCCUGGCCCUGUUUUCGGAGACAUCAUAGCUCCAACUAUGUUCUUAUAUAUGGAACAUCCGAAUGGAAAAGUAGCUCGAGCCUCUCAUUCUGUGUUCACUGCAUUUAUGUCCAUGGGGAAGGAACCUGAAAAAGUUGAUAGAGUUUCAUUGAAGGAGAAGCUUGUUUUCCAUUACAUACAAGUAUCUUUAUCGGGAUAUCCUGACAUUACUCCUUUCGAGGGAAUGGCUUCUGGAGUUGUAGGACUGGUCCAACAUCUUCCUGCCGGAAGCCCUGCCACUUUUUACUGCAUUAACAGUCUUGUUGAAAAAGCAAAUCAACUCUGUUCUGAAAUCUUCACUCAUGAGGCUGAUGAAUGGAAGCAGUGGCAAGGAGAGCCAGAACCAAGCAAGAAAUUAAUGGACUUGCUUUUACGCCUAGUUUUCCUUGUUGAUAUACAAGUCUUGCCUAACUUGAUGAAACUGUUGGCACAGUUGAUUACCAAGUUACCACAAGAUGCACAGAACAUAGUUUUGAAUGAGUUGUAUUCACAAGUGGCUGAUUCUGAUGAUGUCAUACGCAAACCCAUGUUGGUUUCAUGGCUUCAGUCAUUAUCUUACCUAUGCACAGUGGCUUCAAAUCAAAGUGCAGCCUCCAAAAAAAAUAAAAGUGCAGACCCAAUAAGUGGUGGAAGAAUAACUGCAAAUCUCUAAGAGAUUCCGCUUACUGGAGCAACUAAGAAAUUUUUUUAUGCACUUGAGAUGCAAAGGACUCGGCAUUAACCAAACAAUGAAUGCGGUUGAAGCCGACACAGAAACCAAACAAUGAAUGCCAUUGAAGCCGACACAGAAACUGAAACCUCUGAUUACUCCCAUACGAUAUUUGCCAGGAUCCUUGUUGAACAUGCUUAAUGCGAAUGAGAAUGGUAACAAUUCCUCAUGCCAAGGCCAGAAAGUUCCAUUUGUUGACAUGGUUGUAGCUGCAUGGUUCUUUGGUUUGAUAAUCGGAGUACGUGCUGUCUAAUUAGCAAAGAGAAUCGCUUUUCAUCUAUUCAUAAGAAAUGAGCUUUCCUUAGUAACAUAGCUUUAGAAAUGGAUGUGGUAUAACCAUUGUAGUGAUUGUACAUAUGCUAUAUGAACUUAGAUACUAAUACUUCUGAAUAAAUAGUGAGUUAGAGACUAAACUUAGAUACUAAUACCAUUGUAGUGAUAAUAUUAUUACUUAUCUAAAAUUGGUUUUUUGUCUGU